AUGGCGGACAAAGCAUUCAAGUACGUGAUUCUCGGUGGUGGCGUUGCCGCUGGAUAUGCGGCCCGGGAAUUCGCCAAGCAGGGAGUCAAAUCGGGCGAACUGGCUAUCAUCUCAAAAGAGGCGGUGGCUCCUUAUGAACGUCCCGCACUUAGUAAGGCAUACCUAUUUCCCGAGGGUGGCAGACCACUCACGACACUAUUUAAGGGUCAAAUCGAAGAGGAAAAGGGUGGCAUCAAGACAGAUUCUUUCUUCAAAACGAGUGUGCCUGAUGUGUACGCAGUGGGUGAUGUUGCUACAUUCCCGUUGAAGCUGUAUAAUGAAAUUAGAAGAGUCGAGCAUGUUGACCAUGCUCGCAAAUCGGCUGAACAGGCCGUGAAGGCGAUUUUCGCAACCGAGCAAGGAACAUCGAUACCCGAAUACGACUAUCUACCCUACUUCUACUCCCGGGCCUUCGACCUAUCGUGGCAAUUCUACGGUGACAAUGUUGGUGACUCUGUACUCUUUGGCGACAGCCAACCGACCUCCGCCACUCACAAGUUCGGGUCCUAUUGGAUCAAGGAUGGUAAAGUCGUUGGGGCCUUUCUCGAGAGUGGUACUCCCGAAGAGAACAAAGCCAUUGCUAAAGUUGCAAGGGUACAACCCCCGGCAGCCAGCCUGGAUCAGCUGGCGGCCGAGGGCCUGGCGUUUGCCAUUGGAGCUGAGGCUGAUGAUGAUAUGGUUGAGCUUCUUUUGUCACAAGUGAAGGGAAAAGACAUAACUGAGCUAAUUGCCGCUGGACGUGAGAAGCUGGCAUCUGUACCUGCCGGUGGUGGUGCAGUUGCAGUUGCCUCAUCGGCAGCUGGAAGUGCAGCUGCCCCAGCUGUGGCCGAGACCAAGAAAGAAGAGAAAGUUGAGGAGAAAGAAGAAUCCGAUGACGAUCUGGGCUUCAGCCUCUUCGACUAG